CUUCCUUCAGGGAGGGAAGAGAGUUUGAGCGGAGAGAAAAAUCUAUCCGAGACAGAACAGGGACAGUGAGAAAAAUAUAUGAGUGGGAGAGGGAGAAGGAGGAGGAGGAGAAGGAGGGGGGAGCAAAUUAAAAGUUGCCAAAUGGAGAUAUUGGGUUUCAAGAGGAGUGAGACAGGAGUAAAGGGUUUGCCUCUUUGAGUCGUCUUUAUGUUAUGCUAAUCCGGAUAAAUAUUUAUGGCUCGGCGCGGUUUAGUCCUGUAGCUUUUUCGGCGAAUUCUUGCCGACGUUUCGCCCCCAAAACAGGCGUCGUGGACAUCGCGGCUAGCUAACACACCAGCACAGGCCGGCGUUAAAAGUUAAAAUGCGGCGGAGCGUCCAGCCCAGAUCCAGGGACCGGCACAAGAUCAAAAAUAAUAACCCCAGGUUGAACCGAGGUCGCUUUGGGUAUAUCGAGAGAAAUGUGACGUUUUUUCUUUCUUUUUUUUUUUCUCCUGCUGGCAGACGAGCUGCAUAGAGGACAAAUGAAAGCCUCCCCGACUGAGAAAGGAAAGAGCACGUCAGCGGGCGUUUUUGUGCUGCUUGAAUGCGAUUAUCAUUCUGUCGAUUCGGUCUAUUUUUGGAAAUAAAACUUGCAAGCUCUACGUUAGCCGUGUUUCUAAGUCGACGGUGGUGUCGUACGGCUCCGGAGAGGCAGGGACUAGCUUGGUUUGGCGUCGCAGAAGCAGACAUGCUAGGGCGGCUUGGCAGUGGCUGGGUUUUAGCUUUAAAAUUAAACAAAUUAAAUUAAAUUUUCGCUUAAAACGCCUCUUUGUUUCGUUUCGCAUUGAUAAAAUUAUCUCAAACCGCUUCUACGGGCUCAUUUUUUGGACGUUUUAGCUUAGCGAAGUCUUCUUUUUUCUUAUAUGUAGCUAAAACAAAAAUCAGUUGGACCCUGUUGAGGUUUUGUGCCUCGUUUGGCAGAUUAAUAAUUUAUUUCGCAUACAAGCAGUUCUCAUUUGGAGCUUUAUGUGACUUAAAAUAUAGUUAAUUUAUUCUUAAAUUCGCCACUUGUUCCACAAACGCUUUGUACCAACUUCUCAAGAACGACGAAGCCUCGCUGUCUGUAGUAGCACGAAGAAUUUUUUUGAUUUUUAAUAUAUUUAUAAAAAGAAAACGCGACUCAGUUUUCAAGAAAAUAAUUCGUUGUGCUUGAUUUUAUAUUUAUGGGAUUAAAAGCAGUCAGUUGAAUCACCAUUAAAAUGCUACAGCACCGUCUGUCUUUGUUCUCCCUGAACCAAAGAUGGAGGCUGAACAUGGCUCCGCCGUAAAGACAGCCUUUGGCAUGGUAACAGCCAUUUUGUAGCAUUGCAGUCGAAACGUUUUGCACACACUGAAAAACCAGCAGAACCAAACAAACCACAUUUUACUCACCACUUUUCCACAACCCAAACAUAAAAUAUACACCCCACACAUUUUAUUUGCUCAGAUUAUUUAUUAGUGACUAUAGGAAUUUUUCUUUUCAAAUAGCCUUUCUGCAUGUUGCUUAAAUAAAGUGACUACAUGGACACUUUAACAGUCUGAUAAUUUAUGUGUUUGAUCAUUUUUAUGGCCCCCCUAUUAUCACCAAGAUACACGCUUACUUCAGCUGACCAGCACAACUCAUAGAGCUGUCUUCAAUGUUGGGAUCAGACUCAAAACAAAGCCCAGCCUGUUACAGGACGGAAAAAGGGUGUUAAAUGACUGAAUCCAUGCUUUCUGCUGGAAAUCUGUGUCAUGGAUGAUGAGGACGAUCGCCAUCUUCUGGAUAUUUUAGGAGAUGUGGAUGCACUGAAUGACUAUCUCCAUGGCAGCAACAGCAAGUCUAUUGAGGAGGACGAUGUGACAAAUGCAGCAUAUGGGUCGGAUGCAUCCUUCUUUGGUAGUGACACAACGAGCUCCAACACCGGCCUCAAGGAUGGCUCUUCUACAAUGGGCGACUUUGGCGAGGAUUCGGCCACGGCGGGCCUCCAGCUCUCGAGCAGCCUCUCGUUUAUCGAGGACGAACUGGGGGGCGCGACUUCCCCCGGGGACGUGGACCUCGGGGGAGAGGAUCAGCCCUUUGACAUCCUCCAGAAGUCCCUCCUGGAAGCUGACAUCACGGAGCAGACGUUGGUGCAGGAGGCCUUGCUGGACUCCCAGCCGGCCCCCACUCUAGUGCAGGCUCCCGGUCCCUUUUCCUCCCAGCUGGUCUCGGGGGGUUACGGAGGUGGGGUGGGCGUGGUGACCACGGCGACGGCCGCGUUCCCUGCCGGACAGUUCCUCCAGGGAAUGUCCUCGCUGCCCAAUGGCUCCGCCCAGCACAUUCAGGUGUUGGGCUCUUUCGGGGGGAGCGGCGGCGUGAUGACUCUGAGCAGCUUGGAAAGAACCCCUCAGCUCGUGCUAAGGCCGGGCGCAACCGUGGCUCCGGGUGGGAACGCGACAGGGGGGCAGGUGUUUGCCCCUACGCAGGGGCAGGUAGGCCAAGUCAGCCUACCUUUCAAAAACAUCCCCCUUCAAAACAUCAUCAUCCAGAGAAGCCCGGGAGGGACCCAGACUCUGGUCAGACCAAUCCAGCCUAAACCUCUUCAAGCCGGGGCUCAGACUGUCUAUAGCCUUGGUCUUCAGCCCACUCCCGCCUCCAUGGCUAAUGUAGUGAACGCUAACACUGCUGCUCCAGGGGGGCAGUACACAGCUAAUGGCUCCAUUGUAGUGCAGCCUCCUCUGGAGCAGCAACAAGCGCAGGCCCAGACGAACAUGCAACCCGGACAGUUCUUGCUUCCCAGCUCCUUGUCGCUCACUCCGCCCAACAGCAUCCACAACGGCCCCGUGGACCCCAACUCAAGCACCCUGAUAACCAGUCAAAACACAGUGCAGAUCGUCGCAGGGCAGAACUUCACCUCCCCACAAGGCGGUCAGUUAAUUUUGAACCCGGGAGUGGUGAGCGGGGGUCAGGUUGGAGGAGGUGUGACUCAGACAUGGACCGGAGUAUCUUGUGCGAGCACCACGCCCGUACAGACAUCGUGUGCUCCUGGGCGACUGACUCUGGUUGGCCCGGCGACAGUAGGGAUCGGAGGUCAGGGCCAAGUGUCAGCUGGUCCUGUACAGCGCCUUCUAGUGACUACAACUCAGAAUUGCACUUCUUUGUCCCCUUUAACUGGGAGUGUGACACAGGAACAAGACUACAAACAGAAUUCUUCUUCACCUGCCCUCAACCAGACACAUCUGAGCAGCAUCCAUGCCAUGAAAACCAUGACGCAAGAUUCAACGCUAAACUCAGAGGCACAGAAGAGGCCUGCCCUUCCACCACUUACAAGAAGCGGAAUGUUUUUACAGCACUUGAGGAAGGAUCACGCUGGAGUUCAGACCCCAGAUCGACGUCAGUUCACUUCGAUUGACGAUGCGCUGCUAAGACUCCUCCCGUACCACGUGUUCCAGGGCGCUCCACCGAGCCAGGACGAGUUCUCACAAGUGGACGAGGAGUUUGAGGUAGUUGCUACUCAGGUGCUGAAAAGAACCCAGGCCAUGGUCAACAAAUACAGACGACUACUGAUGGUAGAAGCUGAGCGUUCCAGUCCAUCUUCAGAAAUGGUGAUGAUUGACAGGACCUUCAACCAAGAGGAGCGCAGCAACCUGACGCAGGACAAGCGCAUGGUACUAGUGGACCCAGACAGCUUCUUGGAGGACUUCUGUUGUGGGAUGAAGUCCAAACGUUUCAAAGACCCGCCCCCCCCUCAGUCGAUGCCCAGCUCUGAUCAGUCAGACCGAGGCUCCACGGAGCCGCCGUACAGGACAGACUCCCAGCCGGCGUUCGGAGACCCGGGAGGGGGCGGGGCCGCGGGACCUAGUUCAACCGAGAGACUACAGCCAACACACGCGGAAAACAAGAGCGUGUUGGAGCUGAAGAAACUGCAGCAACGCUACGGGCCCAGCAGCGGAGGUAACAGCAACAACAACAGCCUCGUCGCUGCCAACAGUUACCCCCAAGGUAAACCUUCGUCGUUUGCAGCAGCGUCGGGGGCACAGUCGCAAUUCAACUCGUACAGCCCUGAACUCACCUCACCACCUCACCCCGACACAGAUUCUGCUCUGGAGGCGGCAGUCAACAGCAUCCUAGAAUGUUAAUGUUCCACAUCUCCCCCCCCCCCAACGGAUUGUUCUUUUGUGUUGUCUGUGUACAUUUUUUUUUUUUUUGUCAAACACCCUGUGUGAAGAGAGGUUACCUCUUCUUUCAGGUCUUGGCGACACGCAGCCAUGUAGCAUGUUUGUAGUUUGCUUUUGAGGCAUUACGUCGGAAUCAAGAGAGUCUGUCGAGGUGCUCGGUUGAGAGGGGCACUUACAGUUACCUUUAAAGAUCCGGGAAUGUGUGCAAUGCAAUGGACUUACUAAUAGAUGCAAAAUUUUUCGUUUAUUUUAACCUUGUUUUAAAGUCGCAGGUUCUGCGGCUCUUAACGUUGCAGCUCUGAACGCGAGGGUGUUCCUCUCUUCACACACCACUUGAUAUGUUGUGCCAGUUUAUGACGCCCCCACCCCCCGACUACCUAUGCUGAACAACAGGGACGAGGAGGAGGGACAAAGUGACGACUCUGUGCCUGAUUCUAGGUUUUUACGUGGAAGUGUUUACAUGAAGAAACAGAAAUAUCCAUUCAACCAUUUCCUUCCUGCAUUACAAAACAGGAACAAUGCACACACACACACACACACUUGCAUCAGUAGAUUCAUGGUUCAGAGAUGUAGGUUUCAUUCACGAGAAGCUCAGUAGAGACACAUUCACAUAGACAAAUUGCACUAAACAUACUGUUGCUUAUUUCAGGAACUAUAUGAAUAAGAGGCAGCGUUUGGAACGAACCCAAAUCGGUGUUCCUGCUUUCAGCUCCCUAACGUUAAUCACACCACAAACCAGUCAAACUAGUCACCCGGACACUUAUAGUAGUGCUACUGUACUCGUCAGUGCUUUUCUUUUUCUUGAGCUGAAGUCACGUUUUUCUUUUUGUACCUUAAAGGUAUGCAAGUCCCGACACAGACAGGACAAAUCUCAACCACUCUUUAUCAUUUUGACAGUUUGUGUUCGUGGAGUUAAGUCCUCAGAUUGAGGAACAUAUGAAUGAUUUUUUUUUUUUUUUCAGAGGUGACAUUUAAAAAAAAAAGAAAACGAGGACUGUUUUUUGUUUGUCGUGAUGUGUUUCCCUCCAACGUUGUGAACAUGACUGUACGGUCGUGAGUUUAAAUAAUGAUCCUCGAGGGUCGUUGAUUGUACGUUUCUGUUUUUUCUUCGUCUGCCUUCUGCAUAGAAUUAUAUAUCGAUCAUAUCUGUUCAUCCACGCUUUACUACCUUGACACGUUUAUGAGUGUGCUGUGCGUUCACGUGUAUCCGUACACACCGGUUUAACGGCUACGUUGUCAUGUAGUCCGGUAGUUUAUACUUCUGACUUUUGUUCCCGCGCGUUUUUUCUCAGUUCCACUUCGUUUUUCUCACUUUUAGUCGUUCUUUUCGAGCUCUUCUCACAUUUCUCCCUCUCAGCAGCGCAACCAAAAUUAGUAGAAGAGAGCGCGGUCUUGUCCAGAAUCUCCCUCUGAUGUUUUUCUUCAACUCAUAUAAAUAUAUAUAUGACUGUAGUGUUUCCUCUGAAGCCAGAAUGAUGGAUGCGUAUUUUUAGUUUUUAAAGCAAAAAAGAACAAUUACUGUGAUGAUUCAAUACGAUAAGGAAUCGUUAAUGUAUGACUACGUAUUUCUAUACUUAUUUAUUUUACUUUUUUUUCUCGAAUCUAGUGAAUCUGCACUAUGGUGUAAGCAAGAAACUGUGUUCUGCUGAACCCGACACAGGACCAAAGGCUAGGUUAAAUGUAUUAAAAUGCUCCCGGGGGGAUCGAUUCCUGGACGGCGCCGCUCUUCUCCUACGAACAUGUCUGUGAAAUAUGCUUGCCAAUAGGCUACAGAAGUAGACUGAAGGCCUUUUAUAUGGGGUGACGGAGAACCCAUUUAUUAUUUUAUUUUAUUUUUUUUUCCUCGAGUGCCAGUGGCAAUUGCAGCCUGCCUGUUAUCUCCUGUAUCUCUGCCUCAACCCUCGUAGACCUCUUCUAUCAACCACUGAGAAAUUGUUGCUUCUAGUCACCGACUGCUGCAAGAUUUUUGUGCCUCUAUAGCACUUACAUCCACGAGGGUUAGUUCUAGGCUCGCAUAAGUAGGGACAUGUCCAGUGUUGGUGAAACAUUGCGUUAUCUGGAUGCAUAUCACGGUCCCGAGGGACCUGGUAGGAACAUACUGUGCUUUUUUUCUCCCUUUUGUUUUUUAGUGCAGAGAUUUGUUUUUCUGCCUCCAUUUUCACUGUUGUUUUGUCCCAGUUUAUUUGUAUAGUUGGUUUUGUAUAAAAAAAAAAAUUAAAAGUUAAACACAAAAUAUUUAUAAUUUUUGUAUGGAGAAAAAAACAGAAUGUACAAAAAAAAAAAACAAACAUAAAAAUUAUUUUUUAUUGUGUUGGCUAAGAGGCGGUGUGAGGAAAACUCAUUACAAAAAUGCUGUCAUGUCUUCAUUUGUAGCUAAUGUGUGUUCACUACAGCAGCAAGGAGAGUCGACAAUAAAUUCAUUUUGAAUACAA